UUCCAUUUCAGACAGGAACAAAAACACAUUCUUGCAAGUUGUAUCAGUCCCUUAAACCCUCUGAAAAAAAAACCAAACAAAAAUACAAGUUACAGAAAAAUGAGGCAGCACUCACUUGCCUUCUCAGUCCUGCUCGUUCUCUGCCUUGUUGGGUUCUCUAAUGCAUCUCUCCUGCCAUUUUCAGACCGUCCCGGGAGUCUCCUGACUGAUUUCUGGCUUGACCGUUUACCGGACCCCUUCAGGGUCUUGGAACAUAUCCCACUUGGGUUCGACAAGGACGAUCAUGUGGCACUCUCUCCAGCCCGAGUAGACUGGAAAGAAACACCUGAGGGUCAUGUUAUCAUGCUAGAUGUACCAGGAAUGAAGAAAGAGGAGGUGAAGAUUGAAAUUGACCAGAAUAGGGUGUUGAGAGUGAGUGGAGAGAGGAAGAGAGAAGAAGAGAAAAAAGGGGAUCACUGGCACAGAGUAGAGAGAUCGUAUGGCAAGUUCAUCAGGCAGUUUAAGCUGCCAGAGAAUGUGGACUUGGAUUCUGUGAAGGCUAAGCUUGAGAAUGGGGUUCUCAUUUUGUCACUUUCCAAUUUGUCCCUUGACAAAAUCAAGGGUCCUACGGUGGUUAGCAUUGAGGGGGGAGAAGAACCAGCCAAGCUCAAGAGUGAUGAAGCAAAGCAAGAGCUCUAGAUGUUUUCAUGUAUUGAGGCCUGAGAUCGGCAACGCUUGUUUGUGAGAAAAUAAGGGAUGUUUUUCAUUUCGAUCGUGUGAUUUUGUUUUGUAUGUUCCAACUUGAUGCACUAAUGUAAUACGUACGUAUGCCAUCUAUGGUACUCAUAAUCUAUAUAUAUAUAUAUAAUAUAAUAUAUGGCUUCUCUUUAUCACCA